AUGAAUGAAAAUUAUAAUGUGAAUGAUAAUAUUGAAGAGGAAGAUGAUCUAAAUGCAAAAUAUAAUCGUUCAGCUCAUAUUGAACCAUUUCAUCGACAAAGACGUAUUGAUGGUACAUUACCAUUUAGUGAACAAAUAACAACAAUGAAACAUAUUAUAAUAACAAAUGGAUAUGAUGGACGAUAUAUAAAUAAUGAUAAUAUGACAGAAACAGAUUUGAAUCAAGGUGGAAUUUGGAAAGAAAUUAUUCAUAGUGGAAUUGGUCAAAAUUCAACUAUAGGUGCUUCUGUACGAUUACAUUAUUAUGCUUAUUUUGAACAUCGAGAUGAACCAUUUGACACAUCAUUUAAACGUCGACGUCCACUUGAAUUUCGUUUAGGUAAAUAUGAAGUACUUCCUGGUAUUGAUCUAGCUGUUAGUACAAUGCAAAGACGUGAACGUUCAAAAUUUAUAAUCAGUAGUGAUUUAUUAUAUGGUGAACUUGGUUGUGCUCCACACAUACCUGAAUCAGCAUGGUGUCUUUAUGUUAUUGAACUUUUAACAACAAAUGAAUCAUCAACAGUUAUUCAUGAUGAACAAUUAUUAAUAAAAACAACAACAAAUAAACAACAAAUCGAUGAUUUUGCUAAACGUAUAAGAUUAGCUCAAACAUUACGUAAUACAGGUAAUGAAGAAUAUGCAAAUGGUCAAUUAGAUCGUGCAUUACGAAGUUAUAAUAAAGCACGACAAUUAAUUCAUAAAAGAGUUACACUUAUUGAUGGUAAGAAUGAAGAACAAUAUCAUCAAUUAUUACUUAAACUUCAUCUUAAUUCUGCACAAUGUUAUCUUCGUUUGGAUAAUUUUGAAAAAUGUUUACGAGCAUGUCGUGAUGCACUUGUUAUUGAACCAAAUAAUUUAAAAGCUUUAUUUCGUGCAAGUGUUUCACUUCGAUCAUUGAAUCAACUUGAUGAAGCAGAGAAAUAUUUGUCAAAAGCUCUUGCUAUUGAUCCACAAAAUCAUGAUAUAUUAACGGAAGUAAUUAAAUUAAAAGAUGCUCUUGAUUUAGCAAUACAAACAAAAACAAAAAAAUCUGAUGAACUAUUUACCCUAAAAGAAUCAUUAAUAAAUAAUCAAAAUGAUAAUGAUGAUAUCCUUUCGUGCAUUGAUGUAUCUGAUCAAUUUCGUUUGAAAUUAGAUUCUCUUCUUAAAGAAUUUAUGGAAUCAAAUGAAACAUUAGAACCAUUUACAGUACAACGUCAUAAUUUUUCAGAUACAGAAUUUUAUUAUAUUGAAUUACUUGCUAAAAGUAAACAAUUGAAUAUUAAUAGAAUUAACGAUAAUAUUAUUCAUAUUACCAAGUAA